GUGUGUGAGUGAGAGAGAGAGAGAGAGAGAGAGAGGUGCUCCCCCUUCCGUGCCUGAGAUUAGAAACAAAACGAACGUUGACUUCUUUAAAAUUCGGGAAACUAAUAACACAGUGGAGGGAAAGAAACAAACCAAUAAAUAAAUAAAAACACCGCAUUUAAUACCGACAGAUUGAAUACGGUAACCAGGAACACAGGAGAGAACGCGGACAGCAACAUUAAUACAGCAAUCCGCUCGGGUUCCUGAAGAAUGUCUGCCACCAGUGUCGAUCAGAGACCUAAAGGACAAGGGAAUAAAGGUUUGCCAAACCAUCAUAUGAUCCUAACUUUAUACAGGGCCAAAAUUGUUUGGAAUCUACAAUAUUACCAGGUCAAUUCCAAUUAAUUGCAAAACGGCUCAAUGCAUCAAAAGGAUACAGUAAACGAUGAUGACUUUGAGCCUUAUCUAGGCAGCCAGACAAAUCAGAGUAACAGCUACCCACCAAUGUCGGAUCCCUACAUGCCUAGUUAUUAUGCUCCUUCGAUUGGAUUCCCGUACUCCCUUAGUGAAGCAGCCUGGUCCACAGCAGGAGACCCCCCUAUGCCCUAUUUAACCACAUAUGGACAGAUGAGCAAUGGCGAACAUCAUUUCAUCCCGGAUGGUGUUUUUGGCCAGCCAGGGGCCUUGGGCAACACGCCUCCCUUCCUGAGCCAGCAUGGAUUCAACUUCUUUCCUGGCAAUGCAGACUUUUCCACCUGGGGGACAAGUGGUUCUCAGGGACAAUCGACACAGAGCUCUGCCUACAGCAGCAGCUAUGGCUAUCCCCCAAGUUCCCUAGGCAGGGCUAUUGCAGAUGGGCAGGCAGGAUUUGGCAGUGACACCCAGCUCAGCAAGGUGCCAGGCCUUAGCAGCAUUGAGCAGGGUAUGGCUGGGCUGAAGUUGGGCGCAGACAUGGCGGCAGUAACAAAAACGGUGGGCUCGUCCCUGGGAGGUGCAGUAGGCAUGAACAGCAUGGCAGUCAACAGUAUGCCCCCUGUCAGCUCCCCCAAUCCCACCUCCUGGGCUGCCAUCGCCAGAAAGCCUGCAAAACCCCAGCCCAAACUGAAGCCCAAGGCAAACAUGAGCUUGGGUAGUGGUGCUGCUGUCCCCCCACCUCCGAUAAAGCACAACAUGAACAUUGGCACCUGGGAUGAUAAGGGGACCAUAGCCAAGCCCCCAAUGGCACAACAGGUGCUGCCACCCCUGCCCCUUGUGCAUCAGCAGCUCCUGGCACAGUCACAGCCCUUGAUGCAUAACCAGUUGCCCCCUCAACAGCAGCAUCAGCAGCUGCAGUUGCAGUCAGCUCAUUCACCUCAACAACUGCCCCAAGGACAUAUGCAUCAGCACCAUAAUCCUCAUCAGCACCAACACCAUCAGCCCCAGUCGGGACAGCCUCCACAACUACAGCAACCUCCCCUACAACAGCAACCUCCUCAGCAGCAGCAGCCACCACCUCCGAGUCGAUGGGUGGCUCCUCGCAACCGGGGCACCAGCUUUAACCAGAAUAGUGCUGGAGAUAACUUUGGUUUGGGGAUGGGAGUGCCUGUUAGCGCUCCCCCUUCUUCCGGGGAAGUUCACCCAGUGCUGGAGAAACUGAAGACCCUCAACAGCUACAAUCCCAAAGACUUUGACUGGAACGUCAAGAAUGGGCGUGUGUUUAUCAUCAAGAGCUACUCUGAGGAUGAUAUCCACCGUUCCAUCAAGUAUUCCAUCUGGUGCAGCACUGAGCAUGGUAACAAACGUCUGGACGCUGCCUAUCGCUCGCUCGGCAAUAAGGGCCCCCUCUACCUUCUCUUCAGUGUCAAUGGCAGUGGACAUUUCUGUGGCGUGGCAGAGAUGAAGUCGUCGGUGGACUAUAAUGCCUAUGCUGGCGUGUGGUCUCAGGACAAGUGGAAGGGCAAGUUUGAGGUCAAGUGGAUCUUUGUCAAGGACGUUCCCAACAACCAGCUGCGGCACAUCCGCUUGGAAAACAAUGACAACAAGCCAGUCACCAACUCCAGGGACACUCAAGAAGUGCCCCUAGAAAAGGCUAAGCAAGUGCUAAAAAUCAUAGCUACUUUCAAGCAUACGACCUCAAUCUUUGAUGACUUUGCACAUUACGAGAAGCGUCAGGAGGAGGAGGAAGCCAUGCGCAGGGAGAGGAAUAGAAACAAACAGUAACCUUAUGGAGAUGCCACUACUAGAACUGCAACACUAAUUAUGUAGACCCUUAAAUAAAUGCCUAACCUCAGAGGAAGAGGGGGUUCUAAAAGGUUUUCUGCUGAAGACUACAUCUCUGACACAACAGUGGACUGACUAUGUAUUGGUUCUUGAUGCAUCUGCCCUUAACUCCUCUCACUCACAAAAAAACACACUUGAACUCUAUCUUUAUUACUCACUUUCCGUCUUUCUAAAGCUUCUACCAAUAUUUGCUGUCCUCUGUAACACAUCCUAGUAAUAGCACAGGAGACUUGAGCAAUAUUUGAGGAUUUCUUUAAUGGCCUUUUUGGAUUUGUUUGUUUUGUUUUUAACAAAUUAACCAAUGGGUUCCAAUGAGGUGAGGUUUCACAAGUUUCAAUCUUUGUGUUGUAUUUUUUUUUGAUAAGUUUUAAUGCUUUUCAGAAGAGUGAAAAAAAAUAAAAAAAUCUGCAGAUCAUGCCAGAAUGAGAUUGAGAUGAUCUUGCGCAAACUCUCAUUUUAAGUGGAAAUCAUUAUGGAGAAUUAUAGCAAAUAAAUCUGCAGUUUUCCAAAUGAAAACCAACCACAAAUCAUAGUUGUUCUAGACUCACCUUUCCCUUGUUUAAAAAUUAAUGUACUACUAAAGAGAAUACUAUUAUGCAGCUUGGUGGGUGUCAGCAGUUAAUGCACUCAUUUGUUUGUCCUGUAAUGAUGUAAUAUGAAAUUGUGCAUUUGUUUGAUGCUACCAGGGAUCAAAAUGUCCCUAACUUUGGAGUAAACGUACCUCAGUCUAAAUCAGACUUUUUAAGACCUCUGAACUGCAUUUACAUUGUAACUUUCUAGCUUUGUUUGUUUGCCUCACGGCAGAAUACGAUCAAGGAAGUGGCAAUUUUCUCCUCUAGGUGAUUCACUAGCUAAAUAAACAUAAUACUUGUUUAGCGACA